UUACGCAUAUUUCCCAGGUGUAAAUAAAGCACAUUAUUCAGGUGAAAAGCUAUAGAAGAGUGUAGUAUAAUAGUGAUGGAUGGGGGAUGUAUUUAUGACAAAAUGACUAAUCAGCUUGUCAGAUACUAGUGGAUAGAUAAUAUAUCGGAAAGAAAUCCAGCGUGAAUGAAGGAGCUUUAAUCAGUGAACGAUACAAAAUGGCAUUUAUGAAGUUUCUGGGGACAAUAAUUAUUUGUUUACCUGUGAUAUUGGGACAGAUAUUACACUACAAUGUGUCCGAGGAAUCUCCCCUGGGAACAAUGAUAGGGAAUAUCGCCACGGACGCUAACAUCACCUCCAAUGAUCUCACUAUGGAGUUCAUCUUUCUGUCCCAGUCCAACCCGCUCACAUCUUUAUUUCACCUGGAAGAAAAAUCCGGAUCUCUUUCGGUCGGAAUGAGAAUCGACAGGGAAUCUCUCUCCGAGUGUAAAUUUCAAACUGAAUGUCUGCUUAAUUUGGACGUCAUUUGUCGAAAUUCAGGAAGUUUUUAUCAAAAACUUGAACUGAAAAUCAAAAUAUUAGAUAUUAAUGACAAUUCUCCCACUUUUCCCGAGGAUUCGGCUCGACUUAGUGUGUCCGAAGGGUCCCUUGUGGGGACUUCUUUUCCCAUCGAAGGGGCCGUCGACAGGGAUGGGGGACAUUUCUCGGUGAAUCUUUACAGGGUUGUUCCUGAAACGGCCCCUUUUAGUGUCCAAUUCCAGAAAAACGUAGAUGGGAGUUCUCUUGUGCGUCUAAUUUUGAAGAAAACCUUGGACCGUGAACAGCAAAAAUCAUACCAGUUCCAGAUUGUGGCCGAGGAUGGGGGAAAUCCCGCCAAUGUGGGCUCCCUGGUAGUGUUUGUGGAUGUUCUCGACAUUAAUGACCACCAGCCUGUGUUCUCCCAGACACACUACAACCUGACCGUGGAUGAAGAUGUAGCGGUCAACACCACAAUCCUCACCCUCACCGCACGUGACGAGGACGAGGGACUAAAUGGUGACGUCAUUUACAGUUUGAGUCCUCGUCAGGACGAGAAGAUUUUAAAACUGUUCCAGGUCGUUCCGACGAGUGGGUCUUUGCAAGUAAAGGAAUCGUUGAUUUUUGAGCCAGGAAAGCAGUAUAGGAUUAUAGUGGAGGCGAGCGAUCGUGCUAAACAGCCUCUAAUGUCUCAGACCCAAGUGACCGUUAAUGUGCGAGAUACUCAUAACAACCCGCCGCGGAUAAAGGUGGAUUUACUGUCAAAUACCGACAAAGCUCAGAUAUUGGAGAGUGCUUCACCUAAUGCCCCCAUAGCUCACGUCACUGUGGACGACCCGGAUACCGGCUACAACGGAAAAAUUAAUUGUUCAAUUCAGAGUGAAAAAUUCCAACUGCAAAAAUUUAAUGUUCUGGAGUAUAAAGUGGUCGUAGCUCAGGCGUUAGAUCGGGAAGUGCAGUCAGAGUAUAGAGUAACAGUCGUGUGUCAGGACGAGGGGAAUCCCCCAUUGAACGCGUCCUCGACCUUCAAUGUGACCGUCCUUGACGAAAAUGACCAUAGUCCUAUUUUUACGAAACCCAGCUAUGUUGUCCAAACACAGGAGGACAACAAUAUAGGGGCUAGCCUUAUAAGAGUUUCUGCCUCGGACAAAGACAUUGGAAAGAAUGCAGAAAUCACCUACAGACUCCAGUCCUCUAAGUACAAUUUCCUGAUCGAUCCGAGAUCUGGCCUGAUCUCCGCACAGUUCAGACUUGACCGCGAGGAGAUUCCAUUAAUCACGCUUGGUGUGUUGGCAGUGGACGGGGGUUCUCCGGCCAGAACAGGUACUACUAGCGUCAUCAUCAAAAUCACGGACAUCAACGACAACAAACCGGAAUUUCAAAAUCAGAGCUUCGAGUUUGCAAUUCAAGAAAACGCACCCAAAUAUUCCUCUGUCGGAUUGCUAGUUGCAACGGACAAAGAUGAAAAUGAAAAAAUCACUUUCUCACUUUUACCCCAAUAUAAUGGAGGAAUACCCUUUGAGAUCCUGCCCAAUGGAACCAUCCGAACCACCGAGGUUCUAGACCGGGAGACCAUUGCUAACUACCAGUUCUCCGUGGUGGCGACAGACUCUGGUUCCCCUCCCCAACAGUCGUCUGUCAAGAUCUCCAUUGAUGUCCUGGACAUGAAUGAUAACGCCCCAAUCUUCAUGUUCCCCAGCGACAACAACAGCACUGUCAUCAUCUCAUACCAAACCCUCCCCCACACUGUCAUUGCCCACCUGGACACGAGGGACAUAGACCAGGGACUCAAUUCAACAGUGACCUACGUCACUAGGGACAGGAACUACUCCCAUAUUUUUCAGCUCAAUAGUUUAUCUGGGAGACUAAUCUUGAUGAAACAACUUACAACCGCAGAAAUCGGAAAGUACAAACUUUCUAUUAUUGCUCAGGAUAAAGGAACUCCCCCGAGGACUUCCGAACGGACCAUGACAAUAGUUGUCACCAGUGAACCUAUUCCAGAGGAAGCAGCUGAAGCAGACGAUCACAAAUACUUCCUGAUCGCCAUAGCGAUUUCCUGUGUUACCAUAGUGAUUGCUGUGGUCAUCAUCUUGACAAUUUGUCUGAUCAAAAGAGCUGAUCGAUUGCGUCAAAAAUAUCACGAACAGCACAAAUCGGAGCCCUACAUUGAAAUCCCGGCCCAAAGAUUCCAUCAAAACGCCAUAGAUUCUUUGAAUUGCAGUGGGAUGUUGGACAAAGACACCCCCGAACUCCAGUUGUACCCCUCUCUUUACAAUUCACAGAUUUCUACUAAAGGAAUUACCGCUAAUCUUGGUCAGGAUGACAAAAUACAUCAUCAGUUAAGCCCCUUUACUCUACAUCACGUACUAGGGACAAGCACAUCUUACAGAGGCGGGUCUAAGCUGGCAAGAAAAGGAGGCGAUAAUUCCAGUGAUCGCUCAGGGGAGAUAACGCCGAGUGACAGUGGUCGGGGCGGAAGUGAAGACGAUCUCAACACCAGUAUUCUUCUGUCUCACUGCAGCUCAAUAGACUUUGAGAAUAACAAGAAUAACACACCAAGAAAGGAACUCUCGUUCAGCUCCUUCAACAAGCCAAGAACUAGUGUGCAGGGAAAUUCCUUCAAUGCAAAAAACAAUGUGUUACAGACUAAGCUACCCCCACCGCCGCGAAAUGUGUUCGGGGGAUUUCAAAGACAAGAAAGUUUAUAUUCAGAUGCCGGAAGUUUCUGUGGCCAUGACGACAGCACAACGACUUCCGGUAGCUAUGUUUUGGACCAAGAGGAUAUUUUUGAUGGACUAAAUUCAAGUUUACACCGUGGACAAUGCAUUGUAUGAGGGAAAAUUUUUAUUUCUGUCCUUCAAGUGAAUAAAGACGCUUUUAUAAAAAUUUUCUUUGUGAAAACGAGAACCGAAGUCCCACCUUCCUAUAAUCCGUAUGUGCCAAACACAUUUUAAUACAUGGUGCUAUAAAUCUUUAAUCGUUGUGUUCAGAGUGUGAAUAUCAUUAUCUUCAUUGUAAUAUGUUUUAUGAAAUGAUUUUAUGCAAAUGAAAUAUAAUAAAUGGCUAUUCUAAUAA